AUGGCGUAUUUGCAGUCUGAGGACUACAAUACCCGAGCCAAGUAUCCGCAAGUUCCAUCAUCCUCCCAUUCCCACACGGCCGCGGUUUCAAAUGACCACGCACCAUCGGCACAAGUAGCAGUAGCAAUCAAGAACAAGCCCCUGCUGGCGGGAUACUUUGGUCCCACGAGCUUUGUGUCUCCUCUGACCGAUGAUGUGGAUCUUGCCUCAGGUGGUCAGGGCUUGGAGGUUGAGGGUGCUCAGCGCGUGCUGCCUCCAUACUGGGUCCAGAAGAUCUCCGAGAUAUUAUUGACGUUGGAGGAUUUUUCUGUCAUUGAAUGCUUAAUUUGGGAGUAUUAUAAUCUGAGCCAAAGUGCGGCGAUCCACGCGCCAUUCGUGCUGAGUAGCCUUGGGCCUUUCAAAGCCAUGUGCGCAAAAUGCGUCUCUAUGGGAAAAUAUCGAGGACGUGACUUCGGCGCUCACGCCGAGACAUUCGACGUUCCCCCGACCACAGCCGGGAAGGACUUUCAUACUCUCUUCACGGGUGCAGCCACUCGCUUGGAAAUGAUCGGAGUCAUUUGCUCUCUUGCUGGCCGGGCCCGCUAUCCGGGGCUGGCCCGUGACAAAUUCAGCGAUCCAGCAUCGGGUGUGCAUUUCGCGCGGACGAUGCUCGCAGCUAUCUGGCUUGUACAUGAGAACCUUCUGCUUUCUCAUUUGAUCAACGGAGACUCAAGUCCCCACUGCUGGAACCGACUCCCCGAGCUCUCUACAGAUAUUUUCGCCCUAGGACUCCAUCGAGACUCGAAGAGCUCCGAUGAUCUCCCGGAGUUUUUGCUCGAAUCGCGUCCUAGGCAGUUUGCAGCGGCACACCAGCUAGACAAAAGCAUCGCCACAUUUCUUAGUCGCCCACCUAGAAUACCUUUGCGCUGUGCAGACUGCCGCAUACCUCUAGAUAUCAGUGACGAUGCCCUCGCAUCCGUGGAUAAGAAUAUACAAUACUCGGCGACCGAACUUGAUGCUAAUAAUUGGAAUGUUCAUAGUGUGUUCCAGCGUUCCUCAUGGAUGAGAGUGCGGUUCAUUGUCAGCAUGUUCCGCGACGAGAUCCUCGAGGUUUCAUUACAAAAGGUCACGCCGGCAACAGCAAAUCUAUUGAAUGACAUUUGCCACCGCUGUCAUUUAGCCUGGGAAUCGCUGCCUCCUCAUCUGCGAUACACACCACAGUGCUGGGAAAGCAACUAUCCAGUGGCCGUGUGCCUUUUUUUGAUUGUUUCGUAUCUUGCGUAUUUGUGCAAUGACUUCCUCAUUCAAGGCAAUCCAGCCCUGCUCUCGGUGAGCGCAGACAUACUCUCCGCUGUCUUGACUAUAGGAACUCGGCGAGAGCAAAUGGUCGAUCUCCCACCCGACUUUAUCUGGACGCGCUUUAACAACCAAAGACGUACCGGCGAACCGUUUCUCUACGAAGGCUCUCGGUCAGUCUUGCUUCGCAAUCUUAGUGUCUUUAUAUCUCACCUGGAGACCAUCGUCCGACCUGACAACCCUAACUACGCGCUCUUUCAGAGAGCCAGUGAGGUGUUCUCGAAGAUCAUCGAUGAAAUUCUCGAGCCCCAAGAUACCAUCACUGCUCUUGAAAUAAGUGAUGCAUCGCUCUUUGACUUCGACCAGAUGAUUGCCGUGGACGGGCUGGACCUGUUCAAUACCAUGGACUUCGGGGUCGCAUUUAAUCAAUGGCUUUUUUAA